AUAACCUCUUACCCUUCAGUUGUUCAUAAGAAUUGAGAAAGCCAUGAGUCGCUUCCCUCUUUUCAUUUUUAACAUAUAUUAGAUCAUUUGUGAUUAUCUUUUCGUUAUCACCCUUUUAGACACCCAACUUUGUCACAGAACAAAUGGGUUCUCUUCCGUGCUUUCUUUUGGUAAUUAUUCUUCCCUUGUGUUAUUGUGUUGAUGCUGCUUGCUUCAAUGGAAAAUGCAAGCUAAAUGAUGAGUGCUCGUCCAAUGGUGAUUGUGGAACCGGACUCUAUUGUUUCUCAUGUCCACGUGGGUUUUCAGGCUCUAGGUGUGUGAGAUCUUCUGUCACAGAUCAAUUCAAGCUCAUAAAUAAUUCUCUUCCAUUCAACAAGUAUGCCUUUUUGACAACGCACAAUUCUUUUGCUAUUGAUGGAGAACCAUCUAACAGAAGAGUACAUCAAGUCACCAUCAUUAAUCAAGAAGACAGUGUAACCCAGCAGCUAAAAAAUGGAGUUCGGGGACUAAUGCUAGAUGCGUAUGAUUUUGAUGGAGAUGUAUGGUUAUGUCAUUCAUUUGGAGGCCACUGCCAUGACAUCACAGCUUUUGAACCAGCUAUAGAUACACUUAAGGAAGUUGCAGCUUUUCUAUCUGCCAACCCAGAGGAAAUUGUCACACUCAUACUGGAGGAUUAUGUUAAAACACCCAAAGGAUUGACAAGAGUCUUCACCGAAGCUGGUUUGAUGAAGUUUUGGUUUCCUGUGACGAGAAUGCCAAAAAAAGGAGGAGACUGGCCUCUUGUGAGUGAUAUGGUUGCUAAAAAUCAAAGGCUAAUUGUGUUCACUUCAAGAAAAUCUAAAGAACAAAGUGAAGGCAUUGCAUACCAGUGGAAUUACAUGGUUGAAAAUCAGUAUGGAGAUGGAGGAAGAAAAGCAGGAAGUUGUCCAAAUAGAAAAGAAUCUUCUCCUCUUGAUGACAUGAGCAAGUCCUUAGUGUUAAUAAACUAUUUUCGCACUAUUCCACUUAAGCCAAUCACAUGUAAAGAUAACUCUGGAGGUCUCGUUGACAUGCUCAAAACCUGUCAUGGUGCUGCUGGCAACAGGUGGGCUAAUUAUGUUGCUGUUGACUAUUACAAGAGAAGUGAAGGAGGAGGAUCCUUUAAAGCUUUGGAUAAACUCAAUGGGAAGCUCUUGUGUGGUUGUGAUGAUGUCCAUGCCUGUGUGCCAGGAUCUACUUCACAAGCUUGCUCAGCCCAGAAAGCAUAGCAAGUAGCAACGAGGUUCUUGUAAUGUUUGAGUCUCUUUUAAGUGUAAUUAAUUGCCUUCAUUACCACGCUUCCUGGUUAUCGUACAAGUACUAUUGUAUGCCAGUGCUACCGGCUUAUGAGUUUGAUUACCAAAAUCUGUUAAACGUGCUUCGGUGUGCUUUGGUAUUGUCAUUAUCUGUAUUGAUAAAGAGAAAGAAAACAAAGUAGACAACGGUGCAGUAUGUCCCAUGCAUUUAAUUUUCUUACUUUGAGAGUGUUUAGGCAUGUUAUGCAGAACUGAUCGUUUGGCAAGUUUAUGCUUUUAAAUGUAAUAUAUAUGGCAUUUAAGAAUGCUUGUCUUA